CAACCACACAAAGACUCAGCUCACUCAAGAGAACUUACUCCUGAACUAUCAUCCAACCUCUGCGCCCAACACCUACCUUAAACCACCAAAAUGCAGCUCUUCGCUAUCCUCUCCGCCGCGGCUGUCGCCUCUGCCACCGCUGUCUUCCACGUCUCGGACUUCAGCGCCGGCUGCAUUCCGCACUCCACUCAGUGCCUGUACACCUUCGGCGUCCUCCAGCCCGGGACCAUGGAGAAGACUCCCGUCACCUGCAAGGCCCUCGUGCCCGCCAACAACGACGGCACGCUGCCCGACGUCAAGGAGGGCACCUGCGAGGAGUCGUCGCGCACCUGGUCCAUCGUCCGCAGCGCCGAGGGGCUCACCCUCACCGUCUCGCAGCAGGUCACUCCUAAUUCCUUCCAGAGCGGCGCUCACCUUCUCCCCAACGACGAGUUCGUCAUGAACAACCAGCCCAACGCCGUUGUCCAAACCUACACCGGCCCCGUCGCCUUCGACUUGGAGUAGAUGGAUCCCUUUUUGGCUUGGGUAAUUUGGGUAGACGGACCUGUUGGAUACUACUAGAACAGUGGGCCAAGUUGAAUCGCAGCAACGGGAGGACCUGUAGCUAGGCAGUACUAGUAGUUACUGGACAAACACAAAACCAGCUCAUGAUCUGCUCAAAACGUUGAGGUCCAGGCGCAGUGCGACUGUUUGAUUUUCGAAUUCAACUUCGAAUCCUUUAUUAGCAGUUUAGCUCGGGUGAAAUCUGGCCACUCUAGCUUUGAAUCUAGUAGUUGCACUCACCGAAGCAGAGUGCAGUGCGGAGCAGGUAGAAGGAUAGUUCUUUGCCACGUCCCUACAUACCUACCUAGGUAGGUUCAGGGA